AUGGCAUCGACGCCGGUCCGCGUUGUCUGCUUGACUUUUCUCAUGGCCACGGUCUGGUCCUGCGCCGGCUCCGAGCCAAAUGCCACCCUGGUUGCAACCGAUUUCGCCGCCACAAUCCCGAAAGACGGGCUUCCAGCGGACGUUGAGGAAACCUUUUACCUCCUGCCAUCCCAGACCCUCGCGGUUCUCGACUUCACCAACACUGCGGCUUUUUUGCCAGCGAGCAGCGACAGCUCAACAAGAUCGACGGGCGACGUCAGCAGCAGUGCUUAUGUAUUUGAGAAUGGAGAGUGCAACUUCGACGAGAUCAUCGAGUACACGCAACUCUUUCCUGGCUACGAGGCACCAGUAUGGGUUCGCGCUUCGUCUUCCGUGGAGGGCGUAGAAGAAGAGGAUUCGGCAAGCGUCACGACGUACAGAUUUACGAAUCCUCCUAAGGAAAACUUGAAUGGAGGAGUUAGUUUUUGCGUUAGGUUCAAGGCGGUCAGAGCUCCCUCACCAGACUCAGAAGGCACGUUGACGACCACACAGAAACCUGUUAUCGUGGAAACGGAAACUGCGCCGUCAACCUCACAGCCUCCGCAGACGAACGGAGGAUCGUCAGGCAACGUGGCAGGAGGAUCGGAUGGCCCACCCGAGGGGCCAACGGAGCAAAAUGAUUCGGAGGAGGCGCCAGGACCUGGGUCGACUCCCUCUGGAGGUGAAGGUGGCGACGGUUCCAGCAGCUCAGGUGAGAGUGUGGAUCCCGAUAACUCACAGCAAAACCAAAACGCCAAUCAAGACGUUCAGGACAGCAACAAUCCCGAAGACGGGAUACACAAGAAUGAGGAAUCAGAUUUCCCGAAUAAGUUGCCGGAAGGCCAGAGUGGCCCGGGCCACUCAGUUUCAUCACCAACCGGAACUCCCGUUCAGGGAGAUGCUCUUGCUAGCGGCUCACUGUCGAGGAGGCUGUCUGAGCAACACGAUACAAAAGAGACGUUCUACCUGACGAUUAAAGUGCAUUCCGCUGCUUGGAGCCUCGCGAACAGCAAGGCUCCACUGUUAAUUGCUCUUCCUCCCAUGGCAACUGCUAUGCUGCAGAUCUUCUGA